UUUUAAUAUAAAGAACUAAUUUACGUAUAUUUUCGAAACUGUAAGUGGAAGCACUACUUCCUGUUUACUUUUCAACAUGGCGAUUUUAGGAGUUGGUCAUUCUUGAUCUUUUCCAUUCAAAACACGACGAUUUUGGAGCUGGAAAGGCGUGAUUGCCAAGAUGUUACAGCAAAUUGUAGCCGGGCUUAAGUCCCGAAGCCCCGAUCAGAAAAUGGCGGCUGCCAAACGACUACAACUGCAUGUUUCAACCGAACUUCGAGAAGUUUCUGCCGAACAAUCGACAGCCUUCAUGGAGGAUUUGAUUCACAGUAUAUUUGAGAUGACUUCCAGCACAGAUGCGAGUGAUAAGAAAGGUGGUAUUCUUGCUAUAAUGGUGUUGAUCGGUGUAGAUCAGGAAAAUGCAACUUGUAUGCCGCGAUUUGCUAAUUAUUUAAGAAAUUUAUUGCCAUUUAAUGAUCCACAUGUUAUGCAGAUGGCCGCUAGAGCUAUGGGCUGUUUGGCUUUAACAGGGGGGGCAUAUACUGCAGAUUAUGUAGAGUUUGAAUUAAAACAAGCUUUAGAAUGGCUCGGCAGCGAGCGCAAUGAAGCAAAACGCCAUGCUGCCGUGUUGGUGCUUCGUGAAAUGGCUUUAAACGCCCCUACAUUUUUCUUCCAACAAGUCCAACCGUUUUUCGAUAAUAUUUUUGGUGCUGUUCGAGACCCAAAGAAAGAAAUCCGUGAAGGUGCAGUAGAAGCGCUCCGUGCUUGUUUGAUCAUACUGGCACAGAGAGAAACAAAGCAAACUCAGAAGCAGUCUUGUUAUAGUCAAAUUUACGAGCAAGCAAAAAAUGGCUUUGAAGAUACAACAACCACAAAAGAAAAGGGGAUAAUGUUAACCAAAGAAGAUAAAGCCCAUGGAUCAUUGUUGCUUAUCAAUGAGCUUAUCAGGAUAUCUUGUAUAGAAGGUGAACGACAUCGUCAGGAGUUAGAAGACACCUACUCGGAUCAUUCAGAAGAUUUAACAAGCGUGGACAAACUUGGUUCCUCACCACUCAAGAGCCGAAUUCUUCAACAAAGUGGUAGUCAAUCACAGCACCACCUGGAUGUGACCUUGACUGGAAACUCCAUCAAUGAUACCCACCAUUGUCACAGUCGAAUCUGCCGAGAAUACCUGGAAGAGAAAUUUGAUGAGAUGUGUCAACUUGUGUUCAAGUUCCGAGGUUACCGUAAUUCUUUGAUACAGCAAGCGCUUCUGGUUUUGUUGCCACAGUUGGCGUCAUUUAAUCCAACAAAGUUUGUUCACAAGGGCUAUCUAAAAAAUUCCAUUCAAUACCUAUCUGGUGCAUUCAGACGUGAGAAGGAAAGAUCUGCUGCAUUCAAAGCCAAUGGUCUUGUCAUCCUAGCUGUCCGAAAUCAAAGAAAGGAUCUGGAGUUGUUAUCAAAGAUGACGUUAGAUCAAAUCAAACAAGCAUUACCAAUGAAAGACACUGGUCAUAAAUCAAAGCGUCAACUUUCAGUUGACCCAAUGGUGUUUGCAUGUAUCAGUUGUCUGGCAAGAGCUGCUGGAAAGAGCAUCUAUAACCCACUCAAAGAAUUACUGCAACCCAUGUUAUCUGUUGGUCUCAGUCCUGCUUUGACCGCUUGUUUAUGUGAUCUUGCUCGAGAGUGUACUCAACUGAAGAAAAGCAUCCAAGAUGGUUUGUUGACAAUAUUGUCACAAAUUCUAAGAAGUCGGUCAUCUCGAUCAACCCAACCAAAAAGUUCAAGCCAGCCAACUACUCCUGCAGGCACUGCUUUGUCAACCGACCAAACUGAAACAUCUAACAUUGUUUUGGCUCUAAGGACACUUGGUUCAUUUGACUUUGAUGGUCAUCAGUUGAUAUAUAAUAAAUUGAUCAGGCACUGCUCAGAAUCAUUUCUUGCCAGCGAGAACAAGGAUAUUCGUAUGGAAGCUGUUCGAACAUGUUCGAGACUCUUGUCACCUUCUGUACACCCGAUGAUUGUCCCUAAUGCCCCACUAACAACUGGACCAAUCAGCCCAGCUUUACAACAGCUUGUCUCAGAAGUUUUGGAGAAACUUCUCUUGGUUGGAAUAACAGAUGAAGACCCUGAUAUCCGUUUCUGUGUAUUGUCCUCAUUAGAUGAAAGAUUUGAUUCUCAUUUGGCUCAAGCUGAAUGCCUGGAGCAGCUCUUUGUAGCUUUGAAUGAUGAAGAAUUUGAGAUCCGUGAAGUCGCAAUUUGUACCAUUGGGCGUCUCAGCGGCCUGAAUCCUGCGUACAUUAUGCCAACAUUGAGGAAGACACUGAUUCAGAUUCUCACUGAACUUGAGUACAGUGGUGUGGGAAGAAACAAAGAACAAAGUGCAAAGAUGCUUGGCCACUUAGUUCGGAACGCACAUCGCCUAAUUCGACCUUACAUGAUACCGAUUCUUAAAGCGCUCAUUCCUAAACUCCAAGACCAAGAUCCAAAUGUUGUGACGAGUGUUUUAUCAGCUGUUGGUGAACAUGCUCAGGUGUGUGGCACAGAAAUGAAGAGAUGGCUUAACGAACUAUUCCCCAUCAUCAUUAACAUGUUACAAGAUGCAUCGUCCUUGUCCAAACGUGAAAUUGCACUGUGGACGUUGGGACAACUUGUUGAAAGUACAGGUUACGUUGUUGAACCGUACCAAAAGUAUCCCAACCUGCUUGAUGUUCUCCUGAACUUCCUGAAGACGGAACAAGCAUCUGGCAUUCGUAAGGAAGCAAUCCGAGUUUUAGGACUCCUUGGUGCUUUGGACCCAUACAAGCACAAGCUGAAUCAGACUGGAGGAGUUCGUAUUGAUUCUGGAGUCAGCCAAGAUACUGGUGAGAACAUGGAAUCAAUGGACAAUACAACAAGUGAGAUCUUAGUGAACAUGGGAAGUGGACAGCUGGAUGAGUUCUAUCCUUUGGCAGCAUUGGGUGCGCUAAUGCGAAUCAUGCGUAAUCCAUCGUUGUCUGCGCAACAUUCAAAAGUUAUUCAAGCUGUAACUUUCAUCUUUAACAGUAUUGGUAUGAAAUGUGUCACAUACCUCCCUCAAGUUAUGCCUCCGUACUUGACUGUCAUACGAACAUGUGAAACAUCCUUACGCGACUAUGUCUUUCAACAACUAGGCAUGCUAAUUGGUAUCGUGAAGCAGCACAUCCGCAGCCAUUUGGAUGAGAUCUUCACCCUGAUCAAAGAGCACUGGACAAUGGACAGUUCACUUCAAACCCUGAUCCCACUUGUUGAGACGAUUUGUGUGGCCAUGGGCGGAGAAUUUAAGAUCUACUUGCCACAAAUUAUUCCACAGAUCUUGAAGGUUUUCAUGCAUGACAACUCGCAGAAUAGGAUCUACACUUUGAAACUCCUGACUGCAUUUCAGAAAUUCGGCUCAAGCUUGGAUGACUAUCUUCAUCUAAUGAUCCCACCAGUUGUGAAGCUCUUUGAUUCCAGCGAUAUCUCAAAUAACGUGCGUAGCAGUGCUCUUAAAACAAUAGAAAAACUUUGUGAGCAGCUUGAUCUUACCGAUUUUGUGAGCCGAAUCAUUCAUGCUAUUGUCCGUACCCUUGACACAGCGCCAGAGAUGCGUGUACCAGCACUCGCAACACUCUGUGCCCUAGUCAGUCAACUAGGAAAGAAAUUCAUUACUUUUAUCCCAAUGGUGAACAAGGUUAUGGUGAAGCACAAAAUAAGUCACAAAAGGUAAAUAAAAUUUUAGAAUCGGUGCUUAGUAAAAAUUCCCAAAUGGUUUUCGUGUAAAUGGUUUUAUAUAUAUAUACACGUUGGAUAUCAAGUGUGUACUGGUCGGCUCUAAAUUGUUCAUUAUUUUGAACGAAUAAUUCUUAAAACUACAGUUUAUAGUACAGUAAUUUCAUUUAUAGAUUUUUGUUUUCAUGUAUCGUUGAGACAUUUCACAAAACGCGAGUUGAAUUCAUAGGGGGAAAGUUUAAAUCCGCUGUAUGAACUAUCCGAAGUACAAAAUAAUAUGAUGUACAUAAUACAUGAAAUCAAUCAUGCAUGAUAUGUUCAUGUCGCAAAAAAGUUUAGUGACCGAGACAGUCCGGGAAGGUCAACCGUUGAACAAAUCGAUUUGUUCUUCGGUCGUUCAUCAAGCACAUUUCAAACUUUCCCCCUUUGAACUCAAAUUGGGUUUCAAAACUCAAACCAGUUUUAAACCUUCCAUUUUUGUGGGCAAGCCGCUUUUGAUGCAAUGUUGACAGUUUGCUAGAGUUAUAUAAUUCGUGAUUUUGAUUGAAAUUUGAAAUCUUGGAUUAACCAUCUAAAUUUCUUAAUUACAACCUACCUUUGCUUUAAAUUUAGCUAAAAAUUUAAAUUCUAACCUAAUAUAGGUAUGAUGUGACUGUAGCUAGGAUCCAGCGAGAGUCGACGAUGUCAUUUUGGGAAGACGAGCCGUUCCUUAAAUCGACGAGAUCUAGUCGUAGUUCUCAAAGUUCCGAAUCAUCAAAUGUUGUCGAAACUGGUUUUAAGAAGCUUCAGAUGACCGUCAAUAGUCUACAAAGAGCGUGGUCUUCCGCACGAUGUGUCUCGAAAGAUGAUUGGUUGGAAUGGCUUCGUCGCCUCAGUCUGGAAUUCCUUAAAGAGUCCCCUUCACCUCCAUUGAGAUCUUGUUGGGCUCUUGCUCAAUCCCAUCCACCGCUUGCCAGAGAUUUGCUAAACGCAUCGUUUGUGUCCUGUUGGUGUGAACUUCAUGAGGAGAUGCAAAAUGAACUCGUGAAGAACCUCGAACAUUCCUUAAGAUCUCAGAAUAUCCCUGAAGUGACGCAAACUUUGUUAAACCUGGCCGAGUUUAUGGAGCAUACCGAUAUCGGAUCAUUGCCUCUGAGUGGAGAAUUGCUUGGUCAGUGUGCGUCGAAGUCUAGAGGUUAUGCCAAAGCUCUUCAUUACAAAGAACAGGAGUUCCACAACGGUCCAAACACCGAGACACUUGAAGCGUUAAUUAGCAUCAACAACAAGCUACAACAACCUGAAGCUGCCUAUGGUAUCCUGUCGUAUGCCAUGAAAGACCAUGGUCCUGAUAUGAAGAUGAAAGAUCUGAAAGUGAAAGAACGUUGGUACGAGAAGCUUCACGAAUGGGAAAAUGCUUUACAAGCUUACCAGAAGAAACUGGAAGAAGACCCAGAGGUUAUAGAACACACGUUGGGAAAGAUGAGAUGUCUCGAAGCUUUGGGAGAGUGGGGAGAACUCCAUAAAGUUGCUUGUCGAAAGUGGCCGGAUGUCAGCGAUGAUACCCGUAAAGACAUGGCACGCAUGGCGGCCGCAGCUGCAUGGGGUCUUGGUAACUGGGAAAGCAUGGAGGAAUACACGUGUCUUAUUCCACGCGAGACAUUAGACGGAGCAUUUUACCGCGCAGUCAUGGCCCUUCAUCAAGAUCACUUUCAACAAGCUCAGACAUGUAUCGAUGCCGCUCGAGAUGUCCUGGAUACCGAGUUAACUGCGAGAGCUGGUGAGAGUUAUAAUCGUGCAUACGGAGCAGUCGUGAAUGCACAGAUGUUGUCCGAACUGGAGGAAAUUAUUCAAUACAAGCUUGUACAAGAACGACAAGAAACCAUCAAGCUCACCUGGUGGAACAGACUACAAGGAUGUCAGAAAGUCGUUGAAGAUUGGCAUAAAAUCCUUCAAGUUCGAUCCUUAGUGUUGAGUCCUCAAGAAGACAUGCAGUCUUGGUUAAAAUACUCAAGUCUUUGUCGAAAGAGCGGCCACCUGGCGUUAAGUCACAAAACCUUAGUUAUGCUUCUGGAUAAAGAUCCCUCGAAGAACCCAGAUGAGCCUUUACCCACCACAUAUCCACAGGUUACCUUCGCCUAUAUGAAGUAUAUGUACCGCAACGGACAGAAGCAGGAAGCAUUUCAACACCUCCAGCAUUUCGUGCAAACAACUUUGCACCAGCAAGCCUUGCAGUCAAUCAGCCCUCAGGACGAACAGAAAAGACAAGAAUUGUUGAAACUCCUAGCUCGAGGUUAUCUGAAACUCGGUGACUGGCAGACCGAUCUUGCUGGCUUUAAUGAAGACACUAUCCCGAUGAUCUUGAAACACUACAAGGCCGCAACAGAGAACGAUCAGACGUGGUAUAAAGCAUGGCAUCAGUGGGCUUUUAUGAACUUUGAAGCUGUAUUGUACUACAAGAAUCGACAGUAUUUACCCGAUGAUAAAGAUGAUUCAACGAAUCCGAUCGUCAACUAUGCCGUCCCAGCUGUUCAAAGUUUCUUCAAAUCAAUCGCGCUUUCUAGUCCAGGAAAUUCACUUCAAGACACCCUGAGAUUGCUAACUCUGGCCUUCGACUUCGGAGAACUAACGAAUGUUUACGAUGCCAUCGUGGAGGGUAUGAAAACAAUCGAAAUCGAUACCUGGCUACAAGUUAUUCCACAACUCAUCGCCAGAAUUGACACACCUCGGGAGCUGGUUGCCCGUCUUGUACAGCAAUUGUUAACUGAUAUUGGUAAACAGCAUCCUCAGGCUCUUAUAUACCCGUUAACUGUCGCCUCGAAGUCGGCAAGUCCCGCCAGAUACAACGCAGCCAAUCAGAUCUUGAACAACAUGUGUGAACAUAGUCAAGUGUUGGUGCAACAAGCGAUGAUGGUCAGUGAAGAAUUGAUUCGCGUCGCCAUCUUAUGGCAUGAACUUUGGCACGAAGGACUCGAAGAAGCCUCACGACUUUAUUUCGGUGAAAAAAACGUGAAAGGAAUGUUUGCUGUUUUGGAACCGUUACAUUCUAAGAUGGAACGCGGACCACAGACACUAAAGGAGACCUCGUUCAGCCAAGCACAUGCGCGCGAUUUGAUGGAAGCCCAAGAAUGGUGUAAGAAGUAUCAACGAUCUGGAAACGUAAAAGAUCUAACCCAAGCAUGGGAUUUGUACUAUCACGUGUUCCGUAAGAUUGCCAAGCAGUUACCUCAGCUUACCUCACUGGAGUUGCAGUACGUCUCACCAAAAUUGCUCAUGUCCCGAGAUCUGGAACUAGCUGUCCCAGGCACGUAUGAACCUCAUAAACCCGUCAUUCACAUAGGUCAUGUCCACUCAUCACUGAAUGUCAUCAUUUCAAAGCAACGGCCAAGGAAACUGGCCAUCACUGGCAGCAAUGGAGCAGAGUUCAUGUUCUUAUUGAAAGGUUAGUUACUUUAAUCACCCACUUUAGUCUUAUUUUAACUACAUUCUAACUUAUUUCAGCUAAUUACAGCCUAAUAAUGAGUUAAAAACAAGUAAUUCAUUCCAGAGCUUGGUUGUACCACCCGCUAUCCACCGGAUAGUGAUUUUUAACCUUUGUUAAAUCACUAUGUGCAACCGGCCCCUGGACUAUAUUACUAGAGUGAGUAAUAUAUUCUAAACGGUCGAAAAGCGACAUACAACCGGACUCAGACGAUUCUUGUAGCUACUUCUUUAGCAAUACUUUUUAUCUUUAUAGGACAUGAGGAUCUUCGCCAAGAUGAACGUGUCAUGCAGUUGUUUGGUCUAGUCAACACACUGUUGGACAAAGACCCGACCACCUCGAAGCGACAUUUGAGUAUCCAGCGUUACUCCGUCAUUCCACUGUCUACAAACUCCGGUCUCAUAGGCUGGGUCCCGCAUUGUGACACCCUCCACGCGCUCAUUCGGGACUAUCGCGAGAAGAAGAAGAUAUUAUUGAAUAUUGAACAUCGGAUUAUGUUAAGAAUGGCGCCAGAUUUUGACCACCUCACAUUAAUGCAAAAGGUGUGUACACCCCUCCCAGCUAUAACAAUCACUAUUGGUAGUCUUGGGUCCAUAAAACAUUCUGUUUCCCUAGACAAUAAGAUUCGGACUUGUACAGGACUCGAUCUUAAAUGUUUAAUUCCAGACGAGGCAAGUCACAAGUCUGAACUCGCGUCCUACAAAACUAGCUUAAUUAAUAACGAGCAGGAAUGCCAGGAAACGCGUGGUUAAAACUUUACAUGUAAUAAAAAUACAGGGAGUUUUGAAUGGUUUCAAAAAUUGCUGGUAGUCUCUCGUUUCUCGAAAACGAUUUGACAAAUUAUUUUAUAUUUAAAGCCAGGAACCUGCUUCGUUCUUUAGAGAACAUUCCUUCAAUUGUAGGAGGUCUGACCAGCUGUGAGGUGCCUAUCGAAAAAUACUUCAUUUUUAUAUUAGAACCUUUUUCACUUAUAUGUGUAACAAAAUACCAGUGAUCCGAAAGCUUCUCUAACAAGUCAAUGUCGUAGCCGGACUCAGCUUGUGGGGCGAGUCUACAUUGGCACGUAAUGUUAAAAAAUUACAUAUGUCAAUUUUAAACAUUUAUCUAUAUAAUUUGACUAUUCUAAUUUACUUUAAUAAUUUGACUAUAUUAAUUUAUACUAAUUUGGUAAGUAAAUAUAUUAUACAUUUUGUGUGUGUGUUGGUGUCAUGUACUCAGGUGAAUAUGAUGUCUGAGUGUGCAUCCACACCGGGCAAGCUUAAACGUUUUCCUGACCACGGUGGGAAUCGAACCCGCGACCUUUGGGAUACUAGUCGAACCGACUUGACCUCGUAGCUCAGUUGGUAGAGCAUUGGACUAGUAUCCCAAAGGUCGCGGGUUCUAUUCCCACCGUGGUCAGGAAAACUUUUCAGCUUGCCCGGUGUGGAUGCACACUCAGAGUAACACCACAAACAUCAAGUAAAUAUAUGUCAAUUCUCAACAUUAUUUUCAUAUUGCAGGUUGAAGUAUUUGAGCAAGCCCUAGCAAAUACCCAAGGUGAUGACUUAGCCAAACUCUUGUGGCUCAAAAGUCCAAGCUCUGAAGUCUGGUUUGACCGUCGUACAAACUACACCCGUUCUUUGGCCGUUAUGUCCAUGGUUGGCUAUGUCUUGGGACUAGGAGACCGACAUCCUUCGAACCUUAUGUUGGACCGUCUCACAGGCAAGAUUCUUCACAUCGAUUUUGGCGAUUGCUUCGAAGUCGCUAUGACACGAGAAAAGUUCCCGGAGAAAAUUCCCUUCCGAUUGACAAGAAUGUUGAUCAAUGCAAUGGAAGUCACAGGUAAGGAUGGUGGUGGUGGUGGUUAAUGGUAUUAUUUGUGGUUGGUGAUUGUUCUAUCAAGGUGGUUUGGUAAAAAUGGUACGUAGUGAGAGUUCUGAUGUUGAUGGUAUUAUUGUGUAGUUGUUCUGUUGAGGUGGUUGAUGGUGGUGUUGUGAUGGUAGUUAAUGGUACCAUCACCGAUGGUAGGUAAUGGUACUUACCAUCACAUGGCUCGGUAAUGGUACUUCUGAUGUCCAGGGUGGUAUUUUUUGUUAUGAUGGUUAUUCUGUUGACUAUCUGGUGCGAUGGUGAUGAUACGUGAUGGCAAUGUGUAAUGGUUAAUUUGAAAGUAUCUAAUGUAACAAAUAAAUAAUGUAACAAAUAUUUUAAUUUCCCAAUAUGUGAUGGAUGUUUGGCGCAUUGAUUUUGUAUGAAAUAUUUACGGUAUGUAAAACACUAUCUAUUUUUCUCAAGGCAUUGAUGGUAACUAUCGCCUGACAUGCCAACGUGUAAUGAGCGUUCUCCGUGAAAAUAAAGACAGUGUUAUGGCAGUGUUAGAAGCAUUUGUAUACGAUCCUCUGCUUAACUGGCGUCUAAUGGACACCGCACCUAAAGCAAAGAAAUCUAAAGCUCGCUCGGACUCUAUAGCGGACAGUGGCUCGGAUCUCUUAGAAAGCGUGCAACAUGAAGUACCGAACAGGAAAAUGACGACAAACAUACAGCAGUUACACUCCAUGGACAACGGAAAUCGCGAGCCUGAAGCCUUGAAUAAGAAAGCAGUAUCCAUUAUCAAUCGCGUGCGUGAUAAGUUGACUGGGAACGACUUUCCAAACCGUGAUGUGUUAGACGUGAAAACACAGGUCGAGUUGUUGAUUGAUCAAGCAACAUCUUAUGAGAAUCUAUGUCAGGGUUAUAUUGGAUGGUGCCCAUUUUGGUAACAUUCAAGACUCGUAUGUUAACAUUGAAAGUUUGUAUACUUUGAAAACGGGCUUGAAUUAAGGCCACGUUUAUUUUUUGUUGGAUUAUGGAUUUGGCUCGCCAUUAUUAAAAGGCGGAAGGGAAAAUAAAAAUGAAGAAUUGUCUAAUACCAUGUACAUCUAUAAGUCAAGACAAUGCGUGUUGAACACUGAAGUGGUGUUUAAGGUUUAGCCAACAUGUCAGCUUGACUUUAUUCUCGCAAAUUUUAUAUUUCUGAGUGUCGUGCUCGGAAAAUAAAUACUAAAUGUAAAAUAUGGUCGGUGAGAAAAAAAACAAACAUGGUUUUUAAAACUAUUUUUUAAAAAUACAAAUGUCGGGAAAUCCAUAAUCCAACCAGCGAGCGCUAUAUAUAUCUGGAGCAAUUGACCUGUGAGAAAAGUAAAGAUGGUGGAAAUUGACGUCCAAUAGCUAUGAAGGUCGAAAACAGUUCAGAUACCAUUCUCCCGAGCUAAUUUCAGUUUUUUCUAACGGACAGUAUCGCUAAACAAGUUUUCAGUUCACAAAACCAUAUAGUGUUAUUUUUUAAAUCGAGGUCAAAAUACGAAAUUUCGGCACACUCCUUGCCAGCUUCGUGUUAACCGCGCAGAUGGGAACGAUAGAAAGGGACUGGAACCGACAUCCAAAUCAGCCAAUAGCUCUUCAAUUUCCGCCAUUUUGGCUUCUCUUUUUGGACUCGAGUUCUCGCUCCAGAUGAUAUAUAUUUAGAGAGAGAGAGCUCACUGAAUCCAACCAAAAAAGCGUGAUUUGAUUUCUUAAUGAUUUAAUUAGAUGCUCUAAUAUUAGCCAGGGUGUCCACGGGCCUUGAAAAUCCUGGAAAGUCCUUGAAUUGGAAGGAAAAAAUUCCAGGACUGGAAAGUCAUUGAAAAUUAGUAGAAGUCCUUGAAAGUCCUGAAAUUAAUUUCCUUAACCUCCAGCUGUGCUAACAUUAGUGAUUUUGAUUAAAAUUACUGAAUAAACUGAAUCAAAGAGGGGCAAAUCCGUGCUAUUUUCAAAGUUUUUCCCAGUUCUAUAGGUCCUUGAAUUUACUGAAAAAGGGACCUAAAAGUCCUGGAAAAGGCCUUGAAUCUCACCUUCACCAAAGGGUGGACACCCUGAUUAGUGUUCUGGGGAUUUGACUACCUCCACAACUUUGCAUUCCAUGCUUGCUAGUGAAAUGUGGUCCCUGCAGUCGUACUCCUAUAGUCCAAUCUAAAUUCCUCUAUUGUAUGUGUUACUGCUGCCGAUUUGAUAUAUAUAGUCUAUGUAAAAUGUACACAUGUAUUUGAUCUGAAAUUUGGGACUUGAAUUUUUAAUUUUAUAUUGACUUUAGUUUCCCGUUCAUUAAGGCCGCCAUAUUUGUGGUUAGGCUUUGGGGGCAUAUCUGACGUCGGUUGCCGGAUAGCGCUAUCCAUCGGAUGGUCAAUAGAGACGGAUGAUCAGUUUGGAUGAACGUCGGCGAAGAAGGGAUAGUUGGACUGAUAAUUCGUCUUUGUAUAAACGCGGCAAACCGACGGACCAUCCUUUCGUACGAACUAUCUGCGCAGUUCUAAGGCUUACCGUAGCACGCAUUGUUGGAUUGCCAUUUUGAGUUCUUCGCCAAACCACCAAAAUCCAUGCAAAAAUAAUAUUUUCCUGUGUAAGUCAAAUAUAAAACUUCGUGCAUAUGUAGAUUUCAAAGAACGAAUGGUGCCACACAUUGUGACAAGACAAACUCGACUUAAAUUAUUUGGCAUUCCGGUAUAUAAGAUGACACAAAUUUCCUCCAAGAUGUCAGGAAAUUUCCUGCGAAUAUAUUUUGUUAAAACGUCCUGGCAGCAUUGCUGCUGGCACUACCAGACAUUUUCCAGGACUGCCCUGAGCUCUCUUUACUUAAUCACGACGUAAAUUUAAUAUAACUGCAAACAUUAAUAUAUGCAACAUUUAUACAGUACGACUAAUAAAAAUUUCUAUAAAAAUCACACAACAUUGAAGACUUUUAACCUCGAUUUAUAUAAUGCUAAUAGUCAUAUAGUUAUUCCACUUUUUAUUAAUAUCAUUUAAUUGAAUUGGAAAAAUUGCAAAUACCGACUACUCUUGUUAACCAUUCACAUGCGAAACAAAGAGUAAAAACACUUUGAUUUAUACCAAAAAUAAAAGAGUCUGCUUACACAGACACAUUAAACCAUUCCACGAAUCCACAGCCUUGUUUGCUGCAAAUAAUAUAGAUCCGAACUAAUUCCCUUGCGAUAUUCAUUCCCGCUCUAUUGCAGCCACAAAAGUUGCAAGAAAUUCUUCUCUUCUGUAGACAAAGUUUACUAACAGCGGAUUAAAAUCCACUGAUUAAAUAUAAAAUUAAAUAUCCACUCCAAACAUAUUUAUGUUCAGUGAAGGUCUUUAAACGCUUCCUCCAACAACAGUGGCACGUUGUACUCACGAGAAAGUACAGAAUCCGAGAUCAUCAAAUCUAUCUCCAAUAGCAGUGACACACCUCAGGUACUUACGACAGAGUACAGAAUGAGAGAACUCUAUCUUCAACAACAUACCUUACUUGGGGCAUAGUACCGAGUCUUCUCCAAGUACAUUGCAUAAUUCUUUCAAUCUUUCUUGCAUUUUGGGAACUCCAGAGAGUUGAGAUUCCAGCUGUUGUUUCUCUUCAUGUAAUGUUAGUCGUGUCGCAGUAUCGAGGACCUCCCAACGCCAGCCACCUUCACCGUCAAACUGAAGCAAAUGUGUGUGGAACUUCCUG